UAUCAAUAAAUGACUCAUUGAUCAAAUCGGACUUUUAUCAUGUUUUUAUGAAUUAGUUGAAAAAGAAAUACAUAAAUAUUUUUGUGUCUCUAACUUUUUCUGAUUAAUAAUAAUGAAUACGAAAGAUCCACCACCUCCAUACACUCCUAAUGUAGUCCCAGGAAUACAUCAGCAAGGACCUAAUCACUGGCAGGUUCCUUCAGCGCCUCAAGGUUACCCUUAUCCUCAGCAACAAUGGCAGCCAGCCCCACAAGCUUCAUAUCCUUCGUAUGGCACAACCACUAUUCCUCCACAACCAACAGCAACAACAGUGGUAAUUCCGCAACCUGAAGUAAUCAUUGUGGGUGGUUGUCCUGCUUGUAGAAUAGGAGUUUUGGAAGAUAAUUAUGGAUUAUGUGCCUUAUGCUGUGCCAUUGCGUUUUUCCCUGCAGGUAUAUUAUGUUGUUUGUUGAUGAAGGAGAGAAGAUGUUCUCAUUGUGGAGCUAUAUUCGAUUGAAUCACAUUAUAUAUGGUAAGAAACUCUAAAUUGCAUCGAUCUUCAACUGAGACAAUUUGAUUUUGUUGAACAUGCUAUUUCAUAUUAACUUUUGAAGUCAUGUGGUUUUAUAUUCCUAUUCUACUUCUUUAAUAUUUUGACUUUGAGGUGAUCAAAUACAUUUUUAUCGAUAUUUCUAUAUCUAUACAAAUUUUAUUGAUGCUCGUGUUUGAUGAAUGAACUUCAACUCGAAAACAUACAAUACAUUUAUUUCUAUAUCUUAUUCAUAUUUGCAUUUGCACAAUAACAUGCAUAACUGAUAUGUCAUGCAGGCGUGAUAAUAUUCUAAAUCAAAAUAACUACUUGAAGAACUAGCUUUUUUUUAUCAAUUAUAACUUCAACCGAUUUGAAAGUGAUGAGAUUACAUUUUAUUUCAGAGUUUUUAUCUAUGGUUCAACCUUUUGGUUUGGUUUAUUAUAUAUAUAGAUGUGGAUUUAUAAUGCAGAAAAUAGUUCACAGUUGUACUCUUUCAAAUUGUGAUAUCUUAUAUUCCAAAAUGUGAUUUCAUUCAUUUAUGGAACUUUGUCCACUCAACAUGUGUUGACAAGAUUUAUAUUAUAUCAAUUUGCCAUAAUGAUUAGUCAUUUAAAUUUUUGAUUUCAAAUUUUUAUCAUGUUAACUUCAUGAGUACGAAUUGAUUUUGAAAAAUGUUCUUUAUCUUUACUGUAAUAUUAGAAAUUUGACGAACAUGUACAUUAUAUUCAAGUGUUCUGAUAAUGUUCUGUAGAAUAAAAUUUUUAUUGUUUUAUGUUGACAUAUAAAUUUGUUAAUCUUCUUGAAUAUAUGUAUAUUUAUAUAUGUAUGGGGAUAUCUAAGAAUAAACAGUAUGUUAUUACUUAUUCAUAUGGAUCUGAUUACUUGAUAUCAAUGUCUCGUUUUUGAAUAAAAUAAACUUUAAGAACUGUU